AUGAGGCUCCUAGAACAAAUAACAAUGAAUAUCGCAAUACAAGAAGCCCUAAAAUGCACUACCUGCAAAUUCGAUCCACCGAACCCAACCUCCGGUGGAGACCAUGGCUCGGAGAUAGAUGACCUAGACGAAGACGUUUCAUUUGCUACUGAAAGACGCGCCUGGCGUGAGGAAUCUCCUCUAGGGACAGUAGUCGCAGCCGGCAUGGAGGAAGAAUCCCUCCUCACAGCACCCACACCAGCCUUUACGUCCGGAUACGAGCGAUUAAUGACGCCCUCUCAGAUUGAGCUCUACGAGGAACGCAUAGAUCGAUUCAUCUCCCAAGAUCCUAACAGGGAUAAGGAGCUCGCUCGGUAUCAUGUUGACUAUCACAUCCACGUGCAUUACAUGUCUCACCGGGGAAUGUUGAGUCUUUGCCGCGACAGCGAUGACCGGGAUGAACUGAAGAAAUGGAUGUGGGGGUUGAGGAAGUACGAAGAGAUCGAGCGCUUGGCAGGGAAUUCGGAGUUGCAAAUACCGGACUUCAGCAUACCGGAGAAAGUACCGUGGCCUGAGGACUGCGAGUUGAUGGAACACGAAGAGAGUUUGUGGAGAAAGUGGGAACCGAGUCGACAGAGGCAGGUGCAGAGAUCGAAGUUCAAGUGGAGGAAGAUCAUGAAGGAACGUGAAAAGCAGAGACAGUUCCAGUUCGUACAGCUACGUCUGGCGCACCAGAAAUGCAAGGUGCAAAAGGUGAACAUCUACUGGGGGCGGGGAAUACUGCGAGAGGUGACACUGGACUCGCCGUGGUGA